GCAAGCAGUAGACAGACAGAGAAAGAGAGCAAAGAUAGAAAAAGCCGACAAAACAAAAAAGAAGAAAAGAAAACGGUAGUCACAGGAGAAAAUAGCAUGACCGUUUCAGACACUGUCGACCAAUACACGAUCAUGUCCGGCGAUCGUUCGAAAAUUAAAGAUUUGCUCUGCAACCGUUUGACCGAGUGCGGAUGGCGGGACGAAGUGCGAUUAUUGUGCCGCAACAUACUGCUGGACAAGACGGGGAACAACAGCGUCACUGUGGAACAACUCAUAGCCGAGGUGACGCCAAAGGCACGCACCCUUGUGCCCGAUGCUGUCAAAAAGGAGCUGCUGAUGAAGAUACGCACGAUACUUGCUGAAAACGAGGCGGAAAACAAUUCAAACUAGGAUGUAGUAGAUAAUUAUGAUAAAAUAUUAGCAUUAAAUAUUCACGGCAUGCGUUGCGUUAAUAAACAAUGUACAAUGUAGUUAUUGCUACUAUAUAUA